AUGGUCCGCACCUCCGUUCUCCACGAUGCUCUUAAGAGCAUGAACAACGCCGAGAAGGCCGGCAAGCGCCAGGUCCUCAUCCGCCCUAGCUCCAAGGUCAUCGUCAAGUUCCUUCAGGUCAUGCAGCGUCACGGCUACAUCUCCUCCUUCGAGGAGGUCGAUGACCACCGCUCUGGCAAGAUCGUCGUCCAGCUCAACGGCCGUCUCAACAAGUGCGGAGUCAUCUCCCCCCGCUACAACGUCCGUCUCUCCGACCUCGAGAAGUGGGUUGUCAAGCUGCUCCCUGCCCGUCAGUUCGGCUACGUCAUCCUCACCACCUCCGCUGGUAUCAUGGACCACGAGGAGGCUCGUCGCAAGCACGUUGCCGGCAAGGUCAUUGGCUUCUUCUACUAA